AUGGCGCCAGCUCGUCCUUUGACGAGUCCACCGCCAUUAUCAAGACCUAUAUCUCAGCUUUCUCAACCUCCUCCCAUACAACUCCAUAACUCUCACCUUUACCCGUCUCAGCCCUUCUACGCGGGUGUUCUUUACCCUGUUGCCUCGUCUGGCCGUGGAUUCAUUCCCAAAGGUGCUCGACCUUUAUCCACUGAUCAGAUGGUCACCGUGGCGAACCCCGGUGUUUACCCACCGCCUCAUUCUCUGGUGUUUCCCCCUGGUGUUCGGCCCAUGGGUUCGCCUCAUUUAGAUUAUCAUUUGAGUUACCCCUUGCAUUUGGCGAGGCCUCCCAAUAUGCAGUAUGCUCAUCCCGGUUUGGCUGGAGGGGCUGGCUCUGGCCCCUUUAAGGGUGUUCCGGUUUCUGCACACCCGAAGGUUGCUCCUCGGUCUACCAAUGGCUAUAAGGAUACCAGGGAGAGAAGCAAGGAAGAUGCCUUUAUCCUUGUCAGAGAUAGAAAAGUGAGAAUUACAGAGGAUCCAUCUCUCUAUGCGCUUUGUAGAUCAUGGUUGAAGAAUGGUGUAAAUGAAGAAACCCAGUUACAACAAGAGGAUGUCAUGAAGGUACUUCCCAAACCAUUGUCUGCAUCGGUGGUGGCUGGUUAUAUGGAAAACAACAAAGAAGAUGAAGACGGAGAUAAGCAGGAAGAGGAGAAGAUUAAUGAACAGUUAUCUUCACAAGAUCUAUUGAAGGGGCAUAUCCAACGUGCUAAAAAGGUUCGAGCACGAUUAAGGGAAGAACGGUUACAAAGAAUCACAAGGUACAGAAGUAGGCUGAGGCUUUUGCUUCCUCCAUCUGUUGAUCAGCUCAGAAAUGAUGCGGCUGCCGGGAACUAACUUUACUAACUUUGCUUGUGGCAUCUGAACUGGCAUUUGGCAAAUCACAGCUGGUACAUUGUUGAUUUUUGUCCCUUAAUAUCUGUUACCCAACUGUAAAUCGAACAUCUUAGAAUCUCCUCUACUUCAGCUCCCUUGCAAAAACCAGAUUUCUUGAUUUGGUAAUCACAUGGUCCGAUGUAAAUUUGUAUAGUUAGUUACUUGGCAUAAAGUAAGUGACUUCUGGUGAUUGUUCAAAUGAA